CCUAACUUUAGUUCAGAUAUUACACAUGACAAUCACAAUUUUCUUUUUCUUCCGCUUUCCUAUAGUUGAGACGCCGCGGGUAAAGAAAUCCAAACCAAAAAUGAUUCUUGCUUGGCCUACUGUUAAUCCCAAACCUAUAUUUUGCGGCCUUUUGAGCGAAGCACUUGCCAUAUCUACCAACCAUUUACCAUACUCCUCUUCUUUUAGUUCUAAAGUAAGUACCACUUUUCUCAAGUGUCACUGCACCCAGAACAGAAAUACAGAUCAAUCCACUCAGGGCUUUUCUGUGUUGACAUCAGAUAUUCCAUGGAAGACAGGGAGUUUAUGGAGUACCAUGGCUAUUUAUAUGUUCAAUUUGCAUAUUCCUUUGGGUUUUGGAGGCCUGUCAAUUGGUGCUUAUAUCUUGCAUCAACCUGUUCUUGAACCCCAGACUCAGGCACUAUCGUUGCUUGUAUUUGAAACUUUGGAAUUGCUUGCCACACUCCUUCUCCUUAAGAGCACAAUUAAACCAAAAUAUAGGCUUAUGAACUUUUUCAAAUUUAAUAAGUUGUCGACAGACAGGAACUGGUUAUUGGCAUCAGCACUGGGUUUUGGGAUACUUAUUUUGCUAGUUUUCCUUACAUCGAUCAUUGCUGACAGGUUUUAUGGGGUAAAGGAUGCAAAUAACCCCAUACUGAAGAAAAUGCUUCAAAGCAGUGACAUCUCAAAAGUUGCUUGUUUUAUUGUUUACUGCAUCGUCACUCCUCUCCUGGAAGAAAUGGUUUACAGAGGCUUCAUGUUGGCAUCUCUUGCCUCAACAAUGAACUGGAAGCAAGCAGUUGUCCUUAGCGCAGCCAUCUUUGGUGCAGCUCACUUCUCUGGUGAGAACUUUUUACAAUUAUUUGUGAUUGGGUGUAUGCUUGGGUGCUCUUAUUGUGGAACAGGAAACUUGAAUUCUUCCAUUCUCAUACAUUCUUUGUAUAAUGCCUUGACAUUGAUUAUAACUUUUAUAUCUUAAAUAUAAAAUAAUAUGUAAGCUGUUUAUCUCUUCUCUGGUUUCUCUACUGCCUUGUGUAUUCAACAGUUUGACACAAAUGCAGACUAGAAUACGCAGCCCAGAAUAGGAAAAACACCUUGGAACUGUUCUAUAAUAUGUAAGAAUGUUGACAAGCUAAGCUACUUCCCUCCUUUCAACCUUGCAUUCCUAGAUGGAUAGCAGUUUUGUCAAAAUGUGGUACUGCACUGGUACACAUACCACAGGAUAGAGUUGAAUGUCAUACUGAUUUCUAAUAUUUUCCAAGGGCGGCAUGAUGACGAAAAAGAGAGAGGGGUGGGGAGGGGGAUUGCAUUUGUUUCUAUUUUCGACAUGUUUAGCAUUUAAUUGUGGAAAAGCUCUUUAAACGGUCCCUUGGCCUUUUGGUCAUGGGAUGAUCUUGCUCCACGUUCUCUGGUAUCAUUACCAUACAGUGUCAAACAAUAGUCCUGGCAUUUAUCUUGUAAAUUCUAAGUUUGCCGAUGGACUUGUGCAUGUGCUUACUUACCCAAUGAUGUAUAAAUUAAUUGGUGCUGCCAAUCUGCGGGUCUCAAAACUAUUGGGGUGGGGAACAAAAAGCAGAACCAGGAGAAGAAAUUGUAUAUGUAUACUUUUUUCCUACUGAAGCUUAGGGGAUUCUUUUGAAAUAUAUCUUUUUUACUCUGGGAGGCUUUUGAUAAUACUAUCCAUUGCAUAUGCAAACCCAUUAUUUAGAUUCCCCAUGAUUAGGAAA